AUGGGAAAUUGUGCUACUUGUGAUGAUCCAUCAAUAUAUGAGAAUGUAAAACCUGUUAAGAAUAAAAUAAAUUUGGAAAAUUAGGAAAACAUAUAAUAGCUGACUCCAAAGAGUAAGUUAUCUUAGAGCAUAGUAAAAUCAGAGAAUGCUAGUAUGAUUGCAUAAUCACAUAUUAAGUAAAAGAAUGGAAUAUAAUAAUAGAUAAGAUUUAAAGAAAUUAGAUUCAAUGCCAGAUUUCACGAAUUAAUAUACAAAAGCAUUACUAGAGAAAUUAUAGUAGUUUAAUUACGAUCAGAAUGAACUAUUUGAAUUUAAAUAACUUCCAUUUUAUGGACCAGUAGAGAUGGAGCCGAAUGUAUUUUAUUAAGGUUAAUGGAAAAAUGGAUUAAGACAUGGUAGAGGAAAGUAAGUUUGGGUUGAUGGUUCGAUUUAUGAAGGAUUUUGGUUUUAAGAUAAAGCAUGUGGAUGUGGAAGAUUAAUUCAUGCAGAUGGAGAUCUUUAUGAAGGAUAAUGGUUAAAUGAUAAAGCUCAUGGUUUUGGAAUUUAUAAUCAUAAGGAUGGAGCAUUUUAUAAAGGAGAAUGGCAUGAAGAUUAAUAACAUGGAAAUGGUAUAGAAAAAUGGUCUGAUGGUUCUAUGUUUGAAGGAUCAUAUAAUAAUGGUUUGAAAGAUGGUUAAGGAAAAUUUAAUUGGCCAGAUGGUAGUUGUUAUGUAGGGGAAUUUAUAAAUAAUAAUAUUCAUGGAAAGGGAAAAUAUUAAUGGGCUGAUGGAAGAGUUUAUGAGGGUGAUUGGAAAGAAAAUUAGAUGGAAGGGAAGGGAAUUUUUACAUGGCUUGAUGGAAGGUAAAGAUAUGUUUAAAUAAAAUAGAAAAUAUAUAGGAGAAUAUGUUGAUGAUAAGAAACAUGGUUAUGGAGAGUUUUAUUGGCCUGAUGGAAGAGUAUACAAAGGUUAAUGGAAAGAUGGUAAAUAACAUGGAAAAGGAAAAUAUAAAGGGAUAAAUAAUGUUUAAAGGGAUGGAGAAUGGAUAGAAGGAAAAUUAUAAAAAUGGAUAUGA